AUGAAGGUGUUCCCAGAGUACUUUGACUUCAAUCAAUUUGAGAUGUCAAGAGAGAACAUGCAUACCAUCAAGAGACCAUAUAUUAACUUCUUCAAGACCGUUAACUUCAAGUUCCAGGAGUAUAACGCAAAUAUCAAGUUGCAAUGCGUCCACUGGCACAGACUCAUCAGAGCUUGCAUCAACGUUCACGGAUACUUUGAUUUCUUAAAGCACAUCAGAUGCAUGGAAGCCGUCGAGUACUUCAAGCAAUGCAUUCAACUCAACUCCUUCUUUGCCUAUCACAAGAAAUAUUUCCCAUAGGAGUACUACCACUCAGAGUACUGGAGAGUUUCCCCACACUACGAUAACGUCUUCGUAGAUACUGAUUGA